AUGGCUUCGAGAAGAAAGAAUCGAAUUUCACCUUCAACACCAGAGGUCAUCGACCUCGAUUCUUUCCGCUCAUACGGCAAGCGAAGCAUCUCCCUCGUCAUCGACCUUUCUGAUGAAGAAGACGACAUUAAGAUCCUCGAUUUCAUUCCCAAGCAUACUCCGGUAAGAAAACGUAAGAGAAAUUUCGAAAAAGGCGAGUCUUCAAAUUCAAGUAACAUUCCAUUCGCUUGCGAAAUCUGCACAGAAACUAAAACAAUGAAGGAAGCAUUCUACAUCAGCGGCGGAUGCUCUCAUGCCUAUUGCUCUGAAUGCGUGGCUAAUUACAUCGGUUUCAAGCUUGAAGAUAACAUCGUAAACAUCUCAUGUCCAGUUCCCGAAUGCAAAGCUACUUUAGAAGCGCAGUUUUGCCGUUCAAUUCUUCCGGCCGAGGUUUUUGAAAAGUGGAGUAAAGCAUUGUGCGAGGCUUUGUUUAAUGUUUCACAGAAAUUCUAUUGUCCCUUUGCAGACUGUUCGGCUCUUCUGAUUAAUGAUGAAACGGAGGCAGUUACAAAUUCGGAAUGCCCUAACUGUAAUAGAAUGUUCUGUGCACAAUGUAAGGUUCCUUGGCAUGAUGGAAUGGAAUGCAGCGAGUUCCAGAAGCUGAACGCGGGCGAGAGGGAGAAAGAAGAUAUUAUGUUGAUGCGCCUUGCACAGAAUAUGCACUGGAAGCGAUGCCCUAAGUGCAAAAUUUAUGUUGCAAAAAUAUCGGGCUGCAAUGACGUGAUAUGCAGGUGUCGAUGUAGUUUUUGUUACAAUUGUGGAGGUGCCUACACUGCUAGCGGCUGCAAUUGUAAGAAAUUCAGUAAUGAGGAGGAAGAGGAGGAGGAGGUAUAA